AUGGAUCCAAGCGGGCACAACAACAUCGCACACCAGAUGGCGAACGCUGCUGCCCGCGGGGAUUUGGAGAACGUGAGAAGGCUGCUGGACUGCGGGGCAGACCCCAAUGCGGUGAAUUUCUUCGGCAGGACCCCGAUCCAAGUCAUGAUGAUGGGAAGCCCCCGAGUGGUGGAGCUGCUGCUGCAAAGAGGAGCGGAUCCCAACCGGCCGGACCCCGCCACCGGCACCCUCCCGGCCCACGACGCGGCCCGAGAGGGCUUCUUGGAUACGCUGCAGGUGCUGCACGAAGGGGGCGCUCGCUUCGAUCUGCGGGAUCGGUGGGGCUGUCUCCCGCUGGACCUGGCUGAAGAGAAUGGGCAUAGCCACGUGGCCAAUUACUUGCGAGGCUUGCCUGGUUGAGGUUGGGGCUCCACCUCCGGCUACAACGAGGAGGGGGGCGACCCCUAGGAGGUGAACUAGGAGCUCAAAGAUUGCACUGCCCAGAUGUGGAACCUUUGGGUGGGGGGUCUAUUAUUUAUUAUAGUAUGGAUCUCUCGAGAUCUCCUGAGGGGUGAGCUGAAGUUGCAGGACUGCUAGCACACAGCUCUAGGUACAGUCAUAGAAACACUGCCUUAUUUUACUUGGAGAAUGAGCAUGUCGGGUAGCAGGGUGGAUUCAUAACUUCGCCUAUUCAUGCUCAUUGUCUAUGUGCAGGUCAUUUUUUAAAAAAAAUUGGGGGACCAUGCCAACCCCCUACCUGCACCUGGUGCAGUGAAGUAGUUGCAAAUUCAGAAGUGCCGGCACUCUCCAUGGAAGCCCCCAUGGCCAUGCCCACCCGCAAAGCCGGUGGAGCUGAGAAGUACCGGCGCUCUGUCCCUGUGCGUGCCCCCUCCACUACACUUACACCUUGUGCUACUGUAAUAUGACUAGUGCUUUGGAACCUAGCACUUGGGAGAAUGAAGAAGAUGCCCAACAAUAAUCUCCUAACUAAUGCACUACUUGGAUAUGGCUUUGUUUUUUAUUUGCACUUUUUUUUAAACUUGAAGACAAGUACAUCCUUUACUUGAAGGAUGGCUUUUGCAAGACAGUUUGAUCUGAGAUCUGAGUUUUUCGCCCAUUCAGUGCUUCUUACUCAAACCAAUUUGAAUUCCAGUUCUUCCUUUUCGGUCUAUUGACUAUAUUCAAGUUGGAUAUAAUCCUUGUUAACUUCAUAGCAUAUGCUUUCAAGGAAGCAUAUUGGUGAGAGGCUGGAAGUAUUAAAUAUGCAAUUAGUUAAUCACUUGAACUGAGAGCAUCUUUAUUUAUAUUUGUAUCCUGCUCAGGGUUUGGGCAGAUAACAUUACAGACACAGAGAACAAUCUAGAGAAGGUGACACCUAAAUCAGGGGAAUAAAGAGGACAGUUAAACAGGUCAUUCCCACUUAUUUUAGGCUGAAAUUUUAAUUUCAGCAAGACUUUUGCACACUUGCUUGCUCUGGAAAUGUUGAUCUAAAAGGAUACAUUUGGGCCCUUGUUGCUCCCCCUGAAAGGAACUCAGUAGUGAGAGAGAUGUAGGUAUAUCUUUUUAUUUAGGCUGAGAAAUAAGCUAUUUCAAACUAAGUUCUCAGAGACAUAUUUUGAAGUCAAGGGUCUCAGGUUUUCCUGCUGCUUAAGGAAAACUGAGUAUCCUUAAAACAUUACUUUUAAUGUUCUGUUCUGCUAACCAGUGAGGAGCAUAGUUUCUGCACUAAGAGAGAUUGCACAGUCUACCUUCUCAGGAAGAGAAAGUAUGAAGACUUCUCCCUCCCUGCUUAGAACCAAAGCCCACUUUAUACUGUCCACAGGGGUGCAAUAGAAAAUUCACCAUCCACAACCAUAAAAUGCCUUGUCAUGUAGAUGAUUGUCAUGGAAAUUCAAACUUAUGAUCUUUGUGUACAGUAAGAGACAAUCUAUUGAUUACACCUUGGGGAUGGAAAAUUUGCUAUUUUCUGCAGCACCUACAUGUCUAAAGUAACAUGUAAUCCAGAUCUUAGAGAUAGGGUCUUGGUGGAAAGGUUACUGCUGAAUUAUUCUAUUGUCCAUAUAUAGAAGGGACUGAGGCAGGAGCUUAGUGGUCAGUAGGUAACUAACUAUCAUGUAGGAUCUGCUUGGUAAAAGAAUUAACACUAGGUUUAAAGAGUUCAAAUGUAAAUACGGCUAAAAAAUGCUAUGCCCAUUUCUCUAAGAGUGAACCUCAUUGAACUCAAGAGAGUCUCAUUAACUUCAGUUGGGAUCACUCUUUGGUAAAUGUGUAUAAGAUUAUAAUCUUAAUUGUAUUUGAGCUCUCUAACCCUAGUAUUUAUGUCAGUCAGGGGCUCCAUUCCUCAGAUAUUAUUGAUAUUAUUAAUAUCUGAGUCCUCAGAUAUUAUUGGACUACAAUUCCCAUAAUCCCCAACCAUAAUGGUCUUUGGGCAUUAUGGCUGGGGAUGAUGGGAGGUGUAGUAAAACAUCUGGAGACCCAAGAUUGGGAAUGUUGAUCUAAAAGGUGAUUGCACCUUUUCAAAAACAUCUGUAGGGUUGCAUGGGGAGUUAUGGUCCAUCAAACACUUGGCUAGUAUUCUUAACCUAUGACAUACAAUUCUGUCUUGUAUUUAUUCUUAGCCUAUGACAUACAAUUCUGUCUUGACAUACAAUUCUGUCUGAGUUUACUGCUGCUUAUUUAUAUUUGUGUGCUAAAAAUGUUUAAAGCAUUGAUUUUGAAGGUCUUCAGUGUAACUGAAUACACAACCAAAUCCUACCAGGCAUGUUGAUAAACUGUAAGUCACAAAACAUUCUGAUCUGUUUAUGCAAUCCUGCUUUUUUCAAGUUGUCAGUUAAAUAAAUCUAGCAUGAGGUAACUGUUUUAGACCCAUUUUAUUGAUUAAUUAGGUAAUUUAUUAUUUAAAACUGGAACAGCAAACCAACUUUUUAAUAAAUAAAAACUUAACAAGCA